AUGCGUCACGCUUAUUCAACCAAUAUUCACAGCGAUAAUCCAUCAACUAGCUGCCCAUAUAAAGGCAAUAUUGCUGCUGAACGUUGGUUACCCUUACAAAGGGAGAAAAGUCAUAGCACAGCUGCUGUUAAUAAUUUAACAACAGUUGAUGAGAAAAAAAGUUUGAAAAGAUCUAUAUCACGUCAAAGCCUUCUUAAACGAGCCCUUAGUAUGCAGUUUUUAUCUGGCCUAUGGCAACCGAAACUUGAAAAAGAAUUAUGUGAAAAAAUACGGCUUCGCUACAAAGAUACUUCAAAAUAUAUCAUAUGGCCUGAAUGUCCAUUACCAGCCGAAUUUAAUCAAACAACCAUUUCGUUUAAAAUAUCUAACGAAGUAGUAAAACUGAAGCACGCUGGAAAUCAUCAGGCUGAAGCAAUGAGGCAGAACAAUUUGUUCUGGGAGAACGAGAUCCGUGAGAAGCUUCGAGAAGGGAAGCUUGACAUAUCUGCUUUUCAAAAUCCGGAUGGUUUCAAAGAGGGCAGAACAAAAUUUUAUUACCAAACUUUACCUGUGACGCCACCAACGCUACCGUCGAUCGAAGAAGUGCGGCUUCGAAAAAACACUGUUACAUCGGACGACCCGCAAGUGGCAGACCUCAACGACGAAAAAACCCCACUGCCUAGACGAUCAAUAAACCACGUGCGAAGAUCGGAAUCUAGUGACGACGAAGAAUCUCUCAUUUUUUUAACAACUUCUGAUCAGGAAUUGGAAAUAGAACCUCAUGUAGUCAGAAUGUGA